GAACAAGUAACAAGGGCAGCGCAGAGCACCUGAUGAUCUCGCACCACAGGACAUGCCUGCCAAGUUGGUGUCCCAGCUCUCGGGGUGGUGUCUUGCGCACACCUCGAGCUAGUGCUAAUGGGGCAUCGGCUGGUGGAAGCAAACGUGCAGUAGUGCUACUGCCAGGGCUUGGCAACAACUCUCAGGAUUACAAGGCCAUGGGGCAGGCUCUUGAAGAGAGGGGCCUAAUAGUGCAUACAGCCGCUGUCACCCGAGUGGACUGGCUAAGGAAUGCAGCUGGCUUGAGGCAGGCAGAGUACUGGAAAGGCACCCUGCAACCACGUCCUGUGGUGGACUGGUAUCUGGAGCGGGUUGCUGAUGCCGUCAGUGGUGCACAGAAAUCCACCGAUGGGCCCAUUACUCUCUUGGCGCAUUCAGCUGGAGGCUGGCUUGCCCGGGUGUAUCUGCUGGGAUAUGGCACUGAUGGCAUCGACAGGCUUGUUACGCUCGGCAGUCCACACCUGGCUCCUCCCAAGGACAAGGGUCUUGUUGAUCAGACGAGGGGCAUUCUGAACUGGGUCACAGAUAAUUGCCCGGACAAUUUCCACCAGCAUAUCCAGUAUGUCACGGUGGCUGGAAAAUUGGUGAAGGGUGCAAAGCUUCGCGGCGGUGGGGGCACACUUGCGCAGAAGUUGGUGGGCCUCGGGUACCAGCAGGUGUGUGGGGAGGCCGAGGUUUGGGGCGACGGCAUAACUCCCCUGCCGUCAGCACACCUCCAGGGUGCGGAGCAAAUCACACUUGAGGGUGUCUACCACAGCCCGUUGGGUGCUGGGGCAGGGGAUUCGCGCCCCUGGUAUGGCUCACCGGGGGUCAUCGAGCGCUGGAUCAGGGUGGUGUACGAUGACAAGGAGCUGGAUGAGAAGUACAGCGUGGAAAUUGGGGACAUGGUGCAACAAUGAGGGUCAUCCUAUAAGUUUUGAUUGUGCAACGGCACACUUGCCAUGCCAGGGCUUGCCAAGACAAUGUCUGGCUUCACAGUGAGCAGAGCGGAAAUGAGGCGGACCGUUGGGCGUAUCCUUUCACUGAUAUCUGCCUCGCAGCUGAUGCAGCCCAGUGCUGGGCUCUGGGUGACUCAGGCGGUCACUGACGUUUGCUCCUAUUUUGAUAUUUAGCGGCAUCAAUCUGGUGCACCGCGCGGCACGAUGUUGGCAACUUGUUGAAUCAGGUGGAGAUCCGGAGCAAAUUAUGCAAUGAGGCAGUACUAGUUUAGAUGCCAUGACCACCAAUGAGGCGAUGCAGAACCACUGUUUUGCAGCUGGAGUGAGUUC